CUCAGGUGAUGGCGCCCACGCGGAUGAAGCUACGAGUCCGUCGGCGCGGCAACGCGGGCGCCGGCGCCAGCGACGACGCCGGCGGCGGCGGUCAACCGGAGGAAGAAGAGCGACGGCGAGAGAGCGGCGCCCGCACCAGCCGCAGGAAAAACGCCACCAACAACACCACCAGCAGCGCCUCAGCUACUCCCGCCACCGCCACGACCACGACGUCCUCGCCUCCCCCCCAGCGGGCGCCGCCGGCGGAGGACGCGUCCCCGGACUCCAAGUGCCCGAUCUGCCUGGACCGGUUCUCCAACGUGGCGUACCUGGACCGCUGCCUGCACCGGUUCUGCUUCCCGUGCGUGCAGGAGUGGUCGCGCAGCAAGCCCGAGUGCCCGCUCUGCAAGCAGCCCUUCGCCUCCAUCCUGCACUCCGUGGUCGCCGCCGACGACUUCAAGGAGUACACGCUGCGCCCGCCGCCGCCGACGCACGACGACAACGGCGGCGGCAGCGUGGCCGCCACGGUCGCCAUGGUAGCCGCCAGGAGGCCGGGCGGUGCCGCAGCGACCACCAGAUGA